AUGUCACUGCACCGUGUGUGUGGAGUGUUUGUAUUCCUCAGCUUAUGUCUGAUUUCCUUCCCACCACAAUGCCAUGGAGGAAACAUUCUGGUGUUCCCUUUCGAUGGCAGCCAUUGGAUCAAUAUGAAGAUUUUGCUUGAAGAACUUCAUGCCAGAGGACACAACCUCACUGUGAUCAGGCAAACCAAGAGCUGGUACAUCCCAGAAAAAUCUCCCCUGUACACAUCCAUUGCAUUUGAUCCAAAAGAAGGCUUAGAAGACCUGUUUGAUGCAUUCAUGCAGGAGCAUAUGAAGAUGCAGAGAGAAGGAGCUUCACUACUGACUUUCUUCAGACUCACGAUACAUUUCAUGUAUCUGCUUUCUUGUGCCCAUUCACUGUGGACUGAUGCCACCAUUGAAAUGUUGGAAGAUCAAAAUGUGAUGAACAGCUUAAAAGAAUCCAAAUAUGAUCUUGUUCUCACUGAUCCAGGCUUUGCAACAGGACUUGUGCUGGCCAAAUAUCUCAAACUGCCCGUUGUGCUCAACGUACGCUGGAUCACCAGUGGAGAGGGACACUUUGUGUUAGCCCCCUCACCACUCUCCUAUAUUCCAGUGCCACAAUCAGGCUUCACAGACAAAAUGAAUUUCAUCCAGAGGGUCAAGAACAUGCUUUUCCAUAGCAUUAUACUGUUUCAGCAGAAAUUUGUGGUGGAGCCAAGCUAUGAAACUCUCUGUAAUAAAUAUAUUGAGGGAGGAUGUGACACCAUCUCCCUUCUCCAAGAUGCUGACAUUUGGCUGUUCAGGUCAGAUUUUGUGUUUGAUUUCCCUCGCCCCACAAUGCCAAAUGUUGUCUACAUCGGAGGAUUCCAGUGCAAACCAGCCCAGCCUCUGCCAGCAGACCUGGAGGACUUUGUUCAAAGUGCUGGGGAGCAUGGAGUGAUCAUCAUGACCCUGGGAACGCUGGUUGAUGCUUUGCCCAAAGAAGCUGCAAAUGAAAUUGGCAGCGUUUUUGCCAAGCUGCCUCAGAAGGUGAUAUGGAGGCACAAAGGAGAGCGUCCCUCUACGCUGGGCAACAACACCCUUAUAGUGGACUGGAUGCCACAGAAGGACCUCCUGGGACACCCGCAGACCAGAGUCUUUGUGGCUCACGGAGGAACCAAUGGAGUCCAGGAGGCCAUUUACCACGGGGUCCCUGUGCUCGGCAUACCCUUGUUCUUUGACCAGUAUGACAACCUUCUACGUUUACAGGAGAGAGGAGCUGGAAAGAUCCUUCAGCUGGCUGAUGUUAAUGGCAACACUUUUGAGCAAGGUAUUAGGGAACUUCUCUAUCAAGAAAGCUACAGACAGAACAUGCAAAGAAUGUCACGUCUGCACAGAGAUCAGCCGAUGGCACCCAUGGAUCGGGCUGUGUUCUGGGUAGAAUAUGUGAUCCGUCACAAAGGGGCUCCUCACCUGCGUACAGAGGCUUAUAAGAUGCCCUGGUACUCAUACUACUGUGUAGAUGUGCUGCUCCUAUUGCUGACUGCAGUAACUGUGCUACUGAUGUCCACUGUGGCCAUUUUUCGGUUUCUGUGUUGCAGAAGACAAAGGAAGACAAAAUCCAAACAGAACUGAGUGUGGUCAAAUUUGUUAAGAAACAAGCCUGAGUGAGUUCUCCAAAGUAAUGUAUUUAGAAAGAGACAUAUCUUAAAGGUGGAGUCUGUUCUUCUGGACAAAUAUUGUUGAAAAUUAGCUUGUUAUUAUGUUUAAACAGGUUCUACCAGAUUUUUUUCUUUUUCUUAGUACUACUUACAUGUCAGAAAUGAAGAACUCAGUCGAAAACAAAUCAAAGAUAAAGGAAUGUUUCUUUAAGUGACUAACUUGGUAAUCUUCCUCAAAGUUUCAAUUACAAUAUUUUACUGAUUACUGCACAUUAUACACACAUAUUAAUGAGACCUGCAGAUGUAACUGAAUGAAAUGUGUUCUUUAUUCACACAGAACAGUUCAACUGUUUCACAAACAUGCCAAAUCAAAUUGAACAAAGAGCAAAAAUUAUAUAUACAUAUAUACGUACGCACAUGAUAAGCCACCAGCCCACCCUCUCACUCAUUUUCCUUUUUCAGCCUCCCAUCUCUGUUUUUCCACUUCAAAGAAAGGAGACUCCUGGAACUCUGUCUAGGUCAUCUCCUUGUCCAUACCCUUAUCUUUGUGCAAAGAAAAGACUUUUGCUGGGCAGUAGAUGUACUUCCCUGCUACUCCAGGGAAGCCAGCUUGUAUGUGUGGACUGUCCACACAUACAAGCUGGUGACAGAACUGACAGAAAGAAUAUUAGUAUUUUGAGUGUGACUUGACAAAUCUGCAGUCAACAACCGAAUCAAAAUCAUUUUAUGACUGACUUUGAGCUCUCUGUGCCGACGGCUGCUGAAGUGGAGUUGGGCUGGGAACUGCAGACGUCUCAGCAGAAUGUGAAAGUUCCUCUGACGCUAAAUUGAACAUGAAGCAUUUCAUUAUUAUUCACAGCAAGAAAAACAUAACAAUUUAACAUCGACACUGCAGUCCUUGAAUCUCACUGGGCCCUGCCCUGUAACUAUUAUUAUGUUCAAAAUUGCACACUAGUUGUCUGCAAGCAGUUAUCUUUCAUAUACAUAAACAUCAUGGCAUACUUGAUUUAUGACAACAAAACACCCAUUAAAGGAUUUACAAUAGAGAGCGUCACAACAUGGAGGUAAACAGGUCAGGAACACUGUCUCUACAUGACACACUGUAGCUGUGACAGUGGUGUCUGUUGGUGCAGGAUCUGCAGUUUCUGGCAGACGUACAGGUCUUUUCACAGGCAGAGCAAGAGCUACAGAGAGGGAACAAUGAAAAAAAACAACAGGUUAUGACAGACAUACAGUAAGUACAACACAAUACAAAAGUUUAAAUGAAAAACAGAAUAUUGUGUACAGUGGCAGCUGGCCAAUAGAGGUUGCUUGGGCGCUGCC